AUUUUAGGUUGCUUGUAAAAGUCGCCGGCUUGUCUCUCUAUCUUUCCAAGUUUGAUUCCAGCGGCCUUGCGAUCUCUCUCUCUCUUUAUCUCUCGUGUUAAAGGCUCCAAAUGGCUGGAGAAAAGAAUCCCAAAGCCAGCGGUGGUGGAAGAAAGAAGAAGGAAGUGAAGAAAGAGACUGGGUUAGGUCUCACUUACAAAAAAGAUGAAAAUUUUGGGGAGUGGUAUUCUGAGGUUGUUGUCAGUGGUGAACUUAUUGAGUAUUAUGACAUUUCUGGAUGUUACAUCUUGAGGCCAUGGACUAUGUCUAUUUGGGAGAUAAUGCAAGCCUUUUUUGAUGCAGAAAUUAAGAAGUUGAAGGUGAAGAACUGUUAUUUUCCUCUGUUUGUCUCUCCUGGUGUACUACAAAAGGAGAAGGAUCACAUUGAAGGUUUUGCUCCUGAGGUUGCUUGGGUAACAAAGUCAGGGCAGUCUGAAUUGGAAGUUCCUAUUGCUAUUCGUCCUACAAGUGAAACUGUCAUGUAUCCUUACUAUUCCAAAUGGAUAAGAGGCCACAGGGAUUUACCAUUGAAACUCAACCAGUGGUGCAAUGUUGUUCGAUGGGAGUUCAGCAAUCCCACUCCUUUUAUCAGGAGCCGAGAGUUUCUGUGGCAAGAGGGGCAUACAGCAUUUGCAACAAAGGAGGAGGCAGAUACAGAGGUUCUUGAUAUACUUGAACUAUACAGACGUAUUUACGAGGAGUUCUUGGCCAUUCCUGUUAUAAAGGGCAAGAAAAGUGAACAUGAGAAAUUUGCUGGUGGACUUUAUACAACCAGUGUUGAGGCUUUCGUCCCACACACUGGCCGUGGUGUCCAAGGAGCAACUUCACACUGUCUGGGCCAAAAUUUUGCAAAAAUGUUUGAGAUAAACUUUGAAAAUGAUAAGGGAGAGAAGGCUAUGGCCUGGCAAAAUUCAUGGGCCUACAGUACUCGAACGAUAGGAGUUAUGGUGAUGGUUCAUGGGGAUGACAAGGGUUUGGUUUUGCCUCCAAAAGUAGCAGCAAUUCAAGUUAUUGUGAUUCCUGUGCCUUACAAGGAUGCUGAUACUCAAGGAAUCUAUGAUGCUUGUGAAUCCACCCUGAAAUCCUUGACUGAAGCAGGUUUUCGUGUUGAAACAGACUUCCGAGAUAACUAUUCUCCCGGUUGGAAGUAUUCACAUUGGGAAAUGAAAGGUGUUCCUCUCAGAAUCGAAAUAGGACCAAAAGAUCUUGCUAAUCAACAGGUGCGUGUAGUUCGCCGUGACAAUGCUGCAAAAAUUGAUAUUCCAAUGAGCUCUUUGGUUGAACAAGUUGGAGAAAUAUUGGCUAAUGUCCAUACUAGCCUAUUUGAUGCUGCAAAACAGAAGCGAGACACAUGCAUUGAGACAAUAAAAACUUGGGAUGAAUUUAUUGAAGCAUUGGGCAAGAAGAAAAUGAUAUUGGCUCCUUGGUGUGAUGAAGAGGAGGUGGAAAAGGAUGUAAAAGCUAGGACAAAGGGAGAGAUGGGAGCCGCAAAGUCUCUUUGUUCUCCAUUUGAGCAGCCUGAACUAGAAGAAGGUACUGUGUGUUUCGCAUCGGGUAAGCCAGCAAAGAAGUGGACAUAUUGGGGAAGGAGUUACUAGUUGUCCUCAAGAAUUGAAAUUUUGUGUCAAAUGGACAACAGACAUUACAUGAAGUUGCAUCUUUAUUUGUUAUUUUUGUUUACAUACAGGAACUGUUGUGUGGUAAUUCUCAAAUUGUUCGAGUCCAACAAUGUAAACCAUACUGCUUUCUUUUCUGCUUUUUUAAGACAAUUUCAGUUUUUAAGUCUGAA